GUAGGGGCGUGGGGAGCGAAGGACAGGCAGCGGAGGGCUAUGGCGGCGGCGGUGGCACUGCGGCCCAGGAUCCUGCAGGUUUCUUCCAAGGUGAAUUCCAGCUGGUAUCCAGCAUCCUCCUUCUCUUCUUCAGUGCCAACUGUAAAACUCUUCAUUGAUGGAAAGUUUGUUGAAUCCAAAAGUGACAAAUGGAUCGACAUCCACAACCCAGCCACCAAUGAGGUAAUUAGUCAGGUCCCUCAGGCCACCAAGACUGAAAUGGAUGUAGCCGUUGCUUCCUGCAAACGUGCUUUUCCUGCAUGGGCAGACACUUCAGUUUUAAGCCGUCAGCAGGUCAUGCUCCGCUAUCAACAACUUAUUAAAGAAAACUUGAAAGAAAUUGCCAGGUUAAUCACAUUGGAACAAGGGAAGACCCUAGCUGAUGCCGAAGGAGAUGUAUUUCGAGGCCUUCAGGUGGUUGAGCAUGCCUGCAGUGUGACAUCCCUCAUGCUGGGAGAGACUAUGCCAUCUAUCACCAAAGACAUGGACCUUUAUUCCUACCGUCUACCUCUGGGUGUGUGUGCAGGCAUUGCUCCGUUCAAUUUUCCUGCGAUGAUCCCCCUUUGGAUGUUUCCCAUGGCCAUGGUGUGUGGAAAUACCUUCUUACUGAAACCAUCAGAGCGAGUCCCUGGAGCAGCUAUGCUUCUUGCUAAGUUGCUCCAGGACUCUGGUGCCCCUGAUGGAACAUUGAACAUCAUCCAUGGACAACAUGAAGCUGUAAAUUUUAUUUGCGAUCAUCCGGACAUCAAAGCAAUCAGCUUUGUGGGAUCCAACAAGGCAGGAGAGUACAUCUUCGAGAGAGGGUCAAGACAUGGCAAGAGGGUGCAAGCAAAUAUGGGAGCCAAGAACCAUGGGGUAGUCAUGCCAGAUGCCAAUAAGGAAAAUACUCUGAACCAGCUGGUUGGGGCAGCAUUUGGAGCUGCUGGUCAGCGCUGCAUGGCUCUUUCAACAGCAAUCCUUGUGGGAGAAGCUAAGAAGUGGCUGCCAGAGCUGGUGGAACGUGCCAAAAACUUGAGAGUCAGUGCAGGAGACCAGCCUGGAGCUGAUCUUGGACCUCUGAUCACCCCCCAGGCCAAAGAGCGAGUAUGUAAUCUGAUUGAUAGUGGAACAAAGGAGGGAGCUUCCAUACUUCUUGAUGGACGAAAAAUUAAAGUCAAAGGCUAUGAAAAUGGCAACUUUGUUGGACCAACCAUCAUCUCUAAUGUCAAGCCAAAUAUGACCUGUUACAAAGAGGAGAUUUUUGGUCCAGUUCUUGUGGUUCUAGAGACAGAAACAUUGGAUGAAGCCAUCAAGAUCGUAAAUGACAACCCAUAUGGAAAUGGAACUGCCAUCUUCACUACCAAUGGAGCCACUGCUCGGAAAUAUUCCCACCUAGUGGAUAUCGGACAGGUGGGAGUGAAUGUCCCCAUUCCAGUGCCUUUGCCAAUGUUCUCAUUCACUGGCUCUCGAUCUUCCUUCAGGGGAGACACCAAUUUCUAUGGCAAACAGGGCAUCCAAUUCUACACACAGCUAAAGACCAUCACUUCUCAGUGGAAAGAAGAAGAUGCUACUCUUUCCUCACCUUCUGUAGUCAUGCCUACCAUGGGCCGUUAGAAACAAGUUUAUUUAAGAUUCAGUCCAUCCUGAGUAAUCUCCCUUUAUUCUUGACCAACUUCAUUUGCCAUUUUUGCUCAGAUCAGAUGAUCUGGGAUUGGAAUGCCUUGUAACUAAAAUCUUUCUCAGGAAGCUUGGCACCUGCAAAGUUGCUAUAGGGAGAAUCACAUUAUGACACUGAAACCAGAUUUUCACUUGCUGUUCAUAUUUCUAUUUUUGAGGUAACUUGUAACUGUGAAAUGCUUAUUAGGAUGAGAGCUUAUACCUGUUUUCUAAAAAUUCUCCCCUUUUCUGAUGACUUGAAAGCAGGGGAAGGUCAGUGUAUAUAAAGAAGAUCUUCCAAUAAUUGGAAGAAGAACUCUUGGAUGAGGAAAUAGGGAUAGAAAUAAUUCACCCUCUGGUUGAUCCUCAAACACAGCCCUAUAUAAAUGUCAGUGGGGGAGACCUCUCUGCUAAGUUUUCCUGAGCCUUUCUUUUAUCACAGACUACACAAUGUAUAAUCCAUUUUUAUUUACCCCAAAGUUGUGACAACUGCUUUUUUUUCUGCUCAAUGCCACUUUGUUGUCCUGGUGAUUCAUGACCACUAUUUAAUUCUAUCAUUGUCACUAUUCCUGCUUCUUAAAAUCACUUCUCAAGAAUACAUCAGUAUGCAAUGGAUAAAUCAACUUUUUGUUUUGUGUGUCAAGGGUUAAGUUUCAGGGUUUGCUUAAGCAAUCAUUAAUUAACGCUUCUGCCAUUAAUUCAGAUGCAAGUAGUUUUUUCAGAAAAUUAUUUCAAAAGUUAUUUCAGGCCUAGAAAUCAAGGAGUAUUCAAACUAUGAAAGUAAGACUCUUGCCUUAAACAAAUCUAAUCUGAUAUCAGUUGCUAUAUUUUAUAUGUUGUUCUUUCCUCUUGCCUGAAUUUCUCAUUAGUGAUACUUUUUAAUGAAAGAACUCUCUGUGUACAGUAAUUGAUUGGCCUAAGAAAUUUCAAAGCUUGUCAUGACAUAAAGUAGUAAAAAAGAAAUGCAUCGACAGUCUUCUGCUACCAUUAACUCAACUGCCUUUACGCUUUUUGUUUCUUUGAUAUAUCUGAACUUUAAAUGAGACAGAAACUGAUGUGCUGAACAAAAAUGGAUUCAGUCUUUUUGCUCUACCAUCGCAACUGAAGCAUGUCUUUCUUUUUUUUUUUUUUUUUGUCUUUUUUCGUGACCGGCACUCAGCCAGUGAGUGCACCGGCCAGUCCUAUAUAGGAUCCGAACCCGCGUCGUGCGCCACGGGCUCGGCCCUGAAGCAUGUCUUUCUGAUACAGUUUUCAACCCAGUGAACUAGCAGAAGGCUGCUGGCCUUGACAGCAUAAUCUCUGAUCCUCCACAGGUAGCACAGAUCAUUUAUUUUUCUGUUUCUUUAUUAGUCACUUCAAUAGUGCUAACCUACUCCAUGGGGCUUAUUCAGUGAAUUAAGGAUGGUGGAAAAUUGAAAAUGUUAUGCACUCUGUGGACUUUAGGCUUAUUACUGCCACCUGCUGGAUAGAAUGUCAGAAUCUUCAAUCACUUAAGGUGACUGGAAUUUUAAUAAUACUUAUGACCCUAAUGGGCCUUUUUGGGGGGGAAGGGAGGUUUGCCUUCCAAACGGUGAGGCAAUAGAAAUUUACAAUUUGAGCAUACAGUGUCCCUUGAUUUAUCUCUUAUCAUUUGGCAACUGGUAGUGAUAUUUAAUGCAAUCCAACAACUAUAGGCUGGGUUGAAUAAAAGGUCAUUAUUGUCUAAAUUCCAAGUGGAAUUAAAUAUAAUCACAGAGACUCCUAAACAUUUUCCUUACGUUUAAAGGAAAUAUUUUUUUAAAAAAUACUGACUAAGCAGAAUUGUGUUACUCUAAUUGGAAUCAACUCAUUUGGCCAGCUAUUUGCAGCUCAGAAGAGUUUCUUGGUUCUAAAAUGGAAAAAAAAAUCUGUACAGUUAUGCAGUUAUGUUCAUGCUGGUAGCAGCUAAAAAUUUCUUUUUUUUUUUUUUUCUCUGAUAUGGUCUCAUGUAAAAUUUCUCCUACAUUGUGCUAAUUGAUUAUGAAUAACAAAUUACAAAUAAAAUGCUCUAAAAA